UGAUAAACUGUAAACCUCUGCAAUUUAGAAACAUUAGGAUUCUAAUGAUUGACUUCCAAAAAUACAAACAUCAAACGCCAAGGAACAAUCAGGGUUGGCCUAUCUCGACGGGGAAGCCACUGUGACAGUAUGCAAACAGUAUGGUCGAUCUUAAUUCUCCAUAACAAAAAAGUACAAAGGCCGGUCGGAGACCAAAGACAGUUUAACACCUCCCUCUGUCCGCGCGCCCCGGCGGCGCCUCGGCGGAUAGAGCGCGUCUCUCAUUAGGGACGAGAUGGGACGACCUGAAAGAUGCAGAGCUGAGGGAGGAGGGGGGUGGACAGCGACUACAAAAACAACUCAUCUUUCCCGUCAUAAACGAACUUGGCUCUGAAGACAAGCAGUGACGAGAGAUAAACACUUUUUUUGGGGAGGGCCUGGUCUGGGACUGUUUUCAGGACUAUGAGGAGCUUGUGAAAAUCCAUUUGGGGAAUAUUUGGAUUACGGACGUGGAUAUCAACGAUAAAAUGCUAGCAGAGGGCAGGGAGUCUCCAGUGUCUACUGUUGCUCAUGCUGACAGUGAUCCAGGAGAGGAAGAGUGCCCUCGUAUUUCAUUGCUGAAUGGGAUGGACCAGAGUCGGCGGCACCGGACUGCUUUCACGAGGGAGCAGCUGACCCGUCUUGAGCAAGAAUACUGUAAAGAAAGUUACGUGUCACGACCCAGACGAUGCGAACUGGCUGCAGCGCUCAACUUGCCUGAGACCACAAUAAAGGUCUGGUUCCAGAACAGGAGGAUGAAGGACAAGAGGCAGCGUCACAGUCUGAACUGGCCUAAUCCACUGGACCCAAACCUGUGUUCCUUCAUGGUGAGUCAGGCGGCUGCUGGACUCCACUACCCACUGCUACCCCGCUCGCCCCUUCAUCUAUACUCCCAUCUGGGCAUGGCUAGCCUCUCAGGUUAUACAAACCCCUACAGUGCCACCACAAGGCCAGUGGACACUUUUCAGCUCCCUCCCUCGACCUACCCCUGGCUCAGUGGACUUCCACAGCCUGCUCUCUAUUCCCCCGUCCAGACACUGCACCAUCCUGCAGGAUGCCACUGUCCCCACUGCCUGCACUGGAGACCAGACCACUUGCUUAAACCUAGAGGGGGAGCUAGGACAGCCACACAGCCCAAACCCUUUGGCAGUGCUUCACGAUAAAAGAAUAGUGGCAUCUUUGGCAUGUUAAAAAGAUAGUUUCCUCAAAAAGGAAAGUUAAUUGAUCAUUUUCACACACCCUCGUGUCACUCUAAACCUGUAUGACUUUCUUUCUUCUGUGGGACACAAAAGCAUAGUUUUUGAAAAUGUUUCUUGGCCGUACUGUAAACGUUUAAGGCUGUUGUAUUUAUGCAUCUGUACAGUAAUUCAUAAUCUAGAUAUCAUUCCCCAUGAACAGCUGCUUUGUUGUUUAUCUUCCCAUAGAACAGUUUUGCUUGCGUUCAUAACAUUUGAUCUUUUGAAGUUUGUCCGUAAACAUUUUUCAUCUAUUGGCGCUUUUUUGCACCUGAACACUGUGGCAUAGAUGAACUUGUGUACAUAAUGCUUUCCAAAAUAUAUAUGACAAAUUUGACUAUUAAAAAUAUUUAUGGAAACAUUUAA